CCAUUCAUUGCAUAUAUUUUCUUAUCCAAAUACUGUAACAGAUUGAAAUGGCUGCACAACCUGAACUUGAGCAUCCCAGAAAAGCAUUCGGAUGGGCAGUUAGGGACCCUUCUGGUGUUUUCUCACCUUUCAAUUUCUCCAGAAGGUUCUCUAAUAAACACAAAAUGUUAAGAACAAAGUUAAUUGCCACCCACUUAACUAACAGAUUCAAUUUAUUUUUCAGGGAAACUGGUGAAAAAGACGUUGCAUUCAAAGUGUUAUAUUGUGGGAUAUGUCACUCUGAUCUCCACAAGGCAAAGAACGAAUGGGGCACUUCCACCUAUCCACUAGUCCCAGGGCAUGAGGUGACUGGUGUAGUGACAGAAGUGGGAAGCAAAGUAGAAAAGUUCAAAGUUGGGGACAAGGUGGGUGUGGGAUGCUUGGUUGAUUCCUGCCGCAGCUGCCAGAACUGUUCUCACAAUCUUGAGAAUUAUUGUCCACAAUAUACUCUCACAUAUGAUGACAAAUAUAAAGAUGGUAGCAUCACAUAUGGAGGUUACUCUGAUUCAAUGGUUGCAGAUGAACACUUUGUGGUUCGAAUUCCUGAUGGCUUACCACUUGAUGCUGCUGCACCUCUCCUUUGUGCUGGCAUCACAGUUUAUAGCCCUCUCAGAUAUUUUGCACUAGACAAACCUGGUCUGCAUGUGGGUGUGGUUGGUCUCGGUGGACUAGGCCAUAUGGCUGUAAAAUUCGCCAAAGCUUUUGGGGCCAACGUCACAGUGAUAAGUACUUCACCUUACAAAAAGGAGGAAGCAAUACAACAUCUUGGAGCUGACUCUUUUCUGAUAAGCCGUGACCAAGAUCAGAUGCAGGCUGCAAAGGGUACUUUGGAUGGUAUUAUCGACACAGUUUCGGGCGUUCAUCUUUUGUUACCUCUGAUUGGUUUGCUGAAGUCUCAUGGAAAGCUUGUAAUGCUGGGUGCACCGGAGAAGCCUCUGGAGCUGCCAAUCUUUCCUUUACUUUGUGGGAGAAAGAUAGUAGCGGGAAGUUUGAUUGGAGGAAUAAAGGAGACCCAAGAGAUGAUCGACUUUGCUGCUAAGCACAACGUAAAACCUGACAUUGAGGUCAUUCCUAUUGAUUAUGUCAACACUGCAAUGGAGCGUCUCCAAAAAGCAGAUGUAAAAUACAGAUUUGUGAUUGACAUAGGAAACACUCUAAAACCAAGCCCUUGAAGUUUUCGCCAUUCUAGUAUACGCGAAACAUUGUAAGAGAAAAAAGUGAUAAUAAGCUAUGAUUGCACUUGGGACAAAACCUACUUGUUUUCAUACGAACUCCACAACCAAUGAAUAAAUAUCGCCAUUUUUGUGCUUUUGCUAUGAA